CACGCGUGCUGGACAGCGCUGAAGACAAGACUUCAUGGUAUUCGGCUGCAUUUUCUUUCUUAACAAAAUCAGACCUUCACUUAAAGCCGACACUCCGUUCUAAGCAGCCGGGCAUUGCAUUCAUCGUGAUGCGUUUGGACAAAACAUCCAAAAACAUAGCCCAUGUCAAGCAGUUCUGCAUUCCGACACCAUUUACCCUUUGAUUCCACUACUUAACAGAAAAGAUACGACAAAUACGUUCCUAAUACUCCCUAAAUGGAGAAUUAUUCGACCAACAAGGAGAACAUUGGUGUCUCCAGUCUCAAACGCAACUACGACGUCGCCAAUCUUAUCAGUCAUGCCUAUGAUGACGACGCUUACAGUGCAAGAUCAUCUCUGAAAAGCCAAAGAUUUGUUGUGACAGAGGACUGCAAUCAGGUCCGUAGCAAAAUCAGGAAGUUCCUCGAGAACAGCGGCAUGAAGGUCAAGGACUUCAUCGAGGCGAUCGACGUCUCAGGCCCGAGCUACCAUAAGUUCAUGAAGCAGUACGGAAAGGAGAAGGGAAUGAUGAGCGAAACAUACGUCAACGCGUUCCACUACUUCAAACAUCGAGAGGAGCUGGGCAUCCCCAUGCCGAAGAAGCAGAAGGUAAGCAAGCCGCUGUCGGAGACCUCCACCAAUGCCAAAGUUGGCAAGGGCAAGAAAGAUCCGUCCAUCCCGACCCCGAUUCCGUUUCCAUCGAUCCAGCUCGAGGGGGAGGAAGAGGACGAGGUCGAGGUUUACGAUUCGUGCGACGAGAUCCGCAGGAAGAUUGAAGCGCACCUGCGCAAGCCCAACGUUACGCAGGCUUCGUUCCUGCGCGACCUCCAUGCCCAGUUCCACGGCCCUCAGAAGCCAAAGUCUCUUCAGGCCACGCAGCUGAACAAGUUCCGCAAUUACGGAGGCCCGUUGACAGGAAACAUGAGUGGGAUAUACUAUGCUGCUUACGUGUACUUCGAGAAAGAGCGCAUCGCUAACGGUCGUCCCAAGUCUCAACAUCGCUUGGACAUGGAGAAUGCUUGGGAGCUGAAAGGAGGCGUCGACCUGACGCAGAACUUUAACAACAUAGCUUACGUGUGCUCAGAAGGCCGGACCAUAUAUAUGAAUAGCUUGGGUCAGGUCCGUUCCGUGCCAAUCUGAACAUCUCGAUUUUCGUACAAGGCUACGAUCUGAGUUAUAAUUUUCGAUUCUUCCUAUUCCAACCCCAAUCCGAGGUGUUGGCUUUCACGAUUCAGGCCAAAACCAUGUCUACGUAUUCUGAGUUUAGUCAGAUGUAGAUACAUGUUCGACGGACUUGUGCGGCUUUUCGUAACUGCGUUUUAGGUUCCAUUCGACAUGCCACCUCGGAUCAACUUUCAUUUCAAAUAGUUGCUCAAGAAUGCAGUUUCAAAACGUUGAGAUACAAGGAUUUCAACCGUUCUCUGGUCAUUUCUUCGACAUGACGAAGCUCUUACAUGUUUCGUCGAGGAUUCUAUCUUGCUGAAGCGUGUAAACAGACUGUCCAACGAUAAUGUGGAGAGACAUAUGCUAUCUACGCAGCUGUACACUAUGAAUAUUGUGAAAUUAAAUGGUUUAUAUUGCAGUAAUGCU